AUGGCCGAUUCGGAUGACUUGUACGAGGCUAGUGAAGGUGAUUUUGACGAUGAGUUUGGAACUGAAUAUGACAACGAGUACGAGGAUCCCAACAUGUGUUUUGAUGUUCCUCAAGACACACUAACAACUUCUAAGGAUCACAGUCAAUAUUUGAAUGUGGAUGUUGAGUUUGAAACUGGGAAAGAAUUAGUGGCAUGGGCAAAAAAAAUGGCUGCUACUUAUGGUCAUCGAUUGAUAGUAACUUCAAGCCAGAAAAACGUUUAUGUAGUAAUUAGAUGUCAUGUGUCUGGGAAGGGACGUGAAAAACGAACCGAAGGUGUGAAGCAACGAAAUGUGGGAACAAAUAAAUGUGGAUGUCCAUUUCGUAUAUAUUGUAGCAAAAAUCGAAACGAUGAACUAUGGCGAAUGAAUUUAAAACAUGGCAUCCACACUCACCCGACGCUACCGUAUCUUACCGGACAAGGACCGGAUAGUUGUUUGACACCAGAAGAAUACGAGGUAGUGAAGUUACUUAGAAGGAGCCAUGUGAAGCCGACAUUAAUCAUGGAUCGAUUGAAGAAGGAUAAUCCACAAACAUCAACGAGUGUGAAACAUGUCUACAACCAACUUGAGAAGAUGAAAAAAGAGAAUAUGGCGGGGAAGACUGUGAUACAACACGUGAUGUCGAACCUUCAAGAAUCUAGAUAUGAAUAUUGGUAUCGAAGUAAUGAAGCUGAUGAUACACUUAUUGAUUUGAUGUUCGCUGCUCCUAUUUCACUGAAACUUUUGUGGUUAUUCUCUCACGUUAUAUUGAUGGACUGCACUUACAAAAUCAAUAGGGUGGAAAGUGCUCACAAUUCGUCUAAGGGUUGGAUUAGUGCUUCUAGCUGCGCUGUGAACACCAUUCAAUAUCAGCUCGACUCCGGGGUCGAGUAUCAACUUACCAAGAUCAAGGGUUUUGUGGCAGGUUCUAUUGUGUCGUAUGUUAAUGUUGUAGCAGAUGGAAAUUGUGGGUACAGAUGUGUUGCAGAAGCAGUGUUCCGAGAUCAGCACAGAUGGAGUCGUGUGAGGAGAGAUUUAAUUGCUGAUAUGUACGAGCGAUUUGGUACGUAA